AUGCCAGGAAAGAUGAACUCUCUCCUGGCCUUCCUUGUGCUGUUUGCUUGGGGUUUGUCCCCAUCUCAUGGGAGCCUCUGGAAUCUGCACAAGAUUAUCACAAAGGUGACAGGGAGGAAUGCCUUGCUGUACUAUUCCUUCUAUGGCUGCUACUGUGGUAUGGGGGGCAGAGGGCAGCCCAAGGAUCCCACCGACAGGUGCUGCCAGCUGCAUGAUACCUGCUACGACAACCUCAUCAGGUACAGCUGCAAUGCCAAGUUGAAGAACUAUCACUACAGCUGGUCGGGUGGCAGCCCCUCCUGCCAAAAGGACAACUUGUGUGGGAAGUUCUCCUGUGAGUGCGACCGCAGCCUGGCACUCUGCCUGAAGAGGAACCUGGGGAGCUACAGCAAACGCUACUGCUUCUAUCCCAAGCACCGGUGCCAGUGACCAGAGCUGGGAUGCAGGGCUGGAGCAAAUUCAUGGAUUCUGCAUCCAGAUCACCUUCCAUCCCUGCCUGCACAGACCACGUUGGUGCUGCUGUCAAUUCAAUCUGUAUG